CAAAUCAUUCGCUAUCGAGCAGGUGCUUGACCGUCUUUAUCGAUUUGGUCCGAUCGAAGAGACAAGGCCCUCUGCUUGCGGAUGCCAGCCAGUUCCUUCAAAGGCAUCACCAUGAAAGCAGCUCUCGUCUUCCUCGUCGUGGCCGUCGCCGCCGCCCUGGCGCAGGCUGCUGACUACAACGGCGUCGUCCAAGUGGAGAAGGCCGUCCCCGCCAACUUGGUCUCCACGGCCAGCUGCCUGCUGUCGGCCGUCCGCGAGGCCUUCUCGGUCGCCGCCAGAGUGGUGGGCGUCUGCCUCUCGGAGCCGCAGAACAUCAGCGUGUGCAUCAUGGAGAUCAUCCCCCAGGUCUUCCAGGACGCCCGCUUCGCCUUCAGGGACUGCCAAGGCACCGCCUAAAACAAGUCGCAUCAAUAAAUGACUCUGCCGCUCUC